AUCACGUGACACGCGGAUGCGGAAGUACGGAAGCGUUGUUUUGCUAAAGGCAUAGCCGCUUAGCUGCCUCACAGACCCUAGCUCUUAUUCUUAUUUUAUGUUUUUAUUUGUGAACAAGUGAACAACACCCAUGGUCAGGAUGACGCAGAAGCACAGCCUGGAGGGGCAGGUGUACUCUGUGCCCCUCAUCCAGCCAGACCUGAGGAGAGAGGAGGCUGUUCAUCAGAUAGCAGAUGCGUUGCUGUACUUGGAGACCAUCUCUACAGACAUUUUCAGAAGGGUGUCUGAGAGUGUGGAGAAGAAUCGGCACCAGCUGCAGCGCGUCACUGACAGGAUCAGACUAGCUCAAGCCCGCGUUGACAAGAUUAAAGGCAGUAAGAAAGCCACCAAGGUUUUCUCCAGUGCCAAGUACCCGGCCCCGGAUCGCCUUCAGGACUACUCAUCCAUCUUUAAUGGGGCCACAGACCCGUCCUCACAAACCCGCCCCCGACACAGGAUACAGAAUAAACUUCGACCCUUUGAUGAGAAGGCCCUGCAGGAGAAGUUAAUGUAUUUCCCCGUGUGCGUGAGCAAUAAGAAGAAGUCUGAGGAUGAGACGGAGGAAGGAUUGGGCAGUCUGCCGCGCAACAUCUCAUCCGUCAGCUCCCUGUUGCUCUUUAAUACCACGGAGAAUCUAUACAAGAAGUACGUGUUCCUCGAUCCUCUGGCGGGGGCAGUGACGAAAACACACACAACGCUGGAGACAGAAAAAGAGGAGAAGCCGUUCGAUGCUCCUUUGUCCAUCACAAAGAGAGAGCAGCUGGAGCGACAGACGGCGGAGAGUUAUUUCUACGUGCCAGACUUGGGCCAGGUGCCUGAGAUAGAUGUGCCAUCCUACCUGCCUGACCUGCCAGGUAUUGCAGACGACCUGUCGUACAGCGCUGACCUCGGGCCUGGAUUUGCCCCGUCCGGACCCACGCACAAUAUCCCCGAGUUGCCCUCCUUCUCUGAGGAGAGCAGUGUGCCAGAAACCCAACUCCAGCCCAGCGUCCCACCACCUCCUCCACCUCCACCUCCUCCCCCUCCUCCCCCCGAGCCCGCCCUCGCUCCCGCUCCCCCCGCGGGCGCUCCCCCUCCUCCCCCUCCUCCACCCCUCCCUCCCGUGGAAAGCUCCUCGGAAGUCUCUCGAGCGCCGAGCGCAGCCACUGUGUCCGGCGCGCCCAGCGAGGUGGUCCAGCCGUCGGACGGCCGCGCCAGCCUGCUGGAGUCUAUCCGCAAAGCCGGGGGCGCCGACAAGGCCAAGUUGCGGAGCGUUAAGGAACGCAAGCUGGAGAAGAAGAAGCAAAAGGAGCAGGAGCAAGCAGUCGGAGUGGCAUCUAGUGGCGGAGACUUCAUGUCUGAUCUCUUCAAUAAACUCGCCAUGCGGAGAAAAGGCAUAUCUGGUAAAGGUCCUGCGGGCGGGGAGUCGGCCAACGCUCCCCCCGGCACCGGUGGCGCAUUCGCCAGGAUGUCAGACGUCAUCCCUCCGCUUCCAGCUCCACAGGCGACGACAGAUGACGACGAUUGGGAGGCGUAACGCCGCCGAAAACGGGCACUUAACGUCACUGAUGAUGAAAGUGUUCUGUAGCUUUUUGAUAAUUUCGUGUACUAAGGACUUGCAUUUCCCUCUAAUCACAUAAAGGGGGAUUUAAAUUUCAAAUAAGGAUAGUAUUUCAGUCUAAAAAGCACAAUGAUUGGCCACAUAAUGCAUCCGAAAAUAAUAGAGAGGAGGAAACUGUUCAUAACAUGGUAUUCAUCGUGAAUGUUUUAAUAACGUUAACAAGCAUAUCAUUGUACAACAUAUCAUAACACUCUGUGAUGAUGAAACUGAUCAUCAAGCGUUGCAUAACGUAACACUUUACAUUGACUUCUUUAAAUAUUUAAAUCUUAAUUAAUUCAGCCACACCAAUGCCUAUGCCAGAGCUGUGCCUGAUAAUGUAUAGUAGCUGUUUCUGUGAUGCAUUUCAACAUGUUGAAUAAAUGAUAAAAUAGA